UGGCGGACAGGAAAAACCAGUGACAGAAAAUGAAAGAGAUUGAGAAAAUAUAAGGGAAAGAGAAGCUGCAAUUCGGUGAGAGCUACGUAGAAGAAACUCUGAAUCAAACCUUUAAGCAAACAGCUUCUGCUUUCUCUACGCCGAGUGAAGGAAUAUUCCAAGCCCUAAUUCAGCUUCACGGGUUGCAGAAAAGCCCUAAGCGGACAGAAAUCUUACAGCGAAAUUCAGGACUCCGGCGGUGGAGGUUGAAUUAUAAUCUGGUUUCCGGCGGCGUAUAGGUCCGGAGUUGGGACUUGGGAGCUCAAUUUCGACGCGGCGGUGAGUUUGAGCUGAGGAAAUGAGUGCGCCGAAGAAGAGAAACAUCCAGAUAGAGGCGUAUAAGCAUCGGGUCGUGGUUGAUCCGAAAUAUGCAGAGAAAACUUGGAAGAUCCUCGAACAUGCGAUUCAUGAGAUUUACAACCAUAACGCUAGUGGUCUCAGCUUCGAAGAGCUUUAUAGGAAUGCAUACAAUAUGGUCCUACAUAAAUUUGGAGAGAAGCUCUACUCUGGACUCGUGUCAACUAUGACAUCACAUUUGAGAGAAAUUGCCAAGUUGAUAGAGACAGCACAGGGAGGUUUAUUCUUGGAAGAGCUGAACCGGAAAUGGAGAGAUCAUAACAAGGCAUUGCAAAUGAUCCGAGACAUACUAAUGUACAUGGAUAGAACUUUCAUUCCAAGUACACACAAAACACCAGUUCAUGAGCUUGGCCUGAAUUUGUGGAGAGAAAAUGUUAUCCACUCUAGCAAAAUCCAAGCAAGGCUUCAGGAUACGCUUCUUGAACUCGUGCAACAAGAGCGGAAUGGUGAAGUGAUAAAUCGGGGCUUGAUGAGGAAUGUAAUAAAAAUGCUGAUGGAUUUGGGUUCUUUUGUUUACCAAGAAGACUUUGAGAAGCCUUUGCUUGAGGUUUCAGGUGAUUUUUAUCGUGUUGAGUCUCAGCAAUUCAUUGAGUCCUGUGAUUGUGGGGAUUAUCUAAGGAAAGCUGAGAAACGCCUUAAUGAAGAGAUCGAAAGAGUUUCCCAUUAUUUGGAUGUAAGAAGUGAAGCUAACAUAACUAAAGUGGUGGAAAAGGAGAUGAUUGAAAGUCAUAUGUACAGAUUAGUUCACAUGGAAAACUCAGGCUUGGUGAAUAUGAUUUUAGAUGAUAAGUAUGAUGAUUUGGGAAGGAUGUACAACUUGUUUCGAAGAGUACCAAAUGGACCCUCACUAAUUAAAGAUGUCAUGACUUCUCACAUCAGAGAAGUUGGUAAGCAGCUUGUUACUGAUCCAGAAAAGUUGAAGGAUCCUGUAGACUUUGUACAAAGGCUUUUGGAUGAGAAGGAUAAACAUGACAAUAUUAUAAACAAGGCAUUUAACAAUGACAAAACAUUCCAGAAUGCUCUAAAUUCUUCAUUCGAGUAUUUUAUUAAUUUGAAUCCAAGAACUCCAGAGUUUAUCUCUCUCUUUGUGGAUGACAAGCUUCGGAAAGGGUUGAAAGGGGUCAGCGAGGAGGAUGUAGAGAUUGUAUUGGAUAAAGUGAUGAUGCUUUUCCGCCACCUUCAGGACAAAGAUGUUUUUGAGAAGUACUACAAACAGCACCUUGCUAAGAGGCUACUUUCAGGAAAGACUGUCUCUGAUGACGCAGAGAGAAGUUUGAUAGUUAAGCUCAAAACAGAAUGUGGGUACCAAUUCACAUCAAAGCUGGAAGGAAUGUUUAAUGACAUGAGGACUUCACAGGAUACAAUGCAGGACUUUCAUGCUUCUAUGGGAGCUGAAAUAGCUGAUGGUCCUACUCUAACGGUCCAGAUCCUUACAACUGGGUCCUGGCCAACACAAUCUGUUUCCCCGUGCAAUCUUCCUCUUGAAAUUCUUGUUGUGUGUGAAAAGUUCAAGACAUACUACCUUGGAACUCAUACAGGGAGGAGGUUGACCUGGCAGACAAAUAUGGGCACAGCUGAUUUGAAGGCAACAUUUGGGAAGGGCCAGAAGCACGAGUUUAAUGUUUCCACAUAUCAAAUGUGCAUCCUUAUGCUCUUCAAUAAUGCUGAUGGGUUGAGUUAUAAAGACAUAGUCCAGGCUACAGAAAUCCCUGCCGCAGAUUUAAAGAGGUGCCUGCAAUCUCUAGCGUGUGUCAAGGGAAAGAAUAUUUUGCGGAAAGAUCCCAUGAGCAAGGACAUCACUGAAGACGAUGCCUUUUUCUUCAAUGACAAAUUCACGAGCAAGUUCUACAAGGUAAAGAUAGGUACUGUUGUCGCACAAAAGGAGUCCGAGCCAGAGAAACAAGAGACUCGACAAAGAGUAGAAGAGGAUAGAAAACCCCAGAUUGAGGCAGCAAUAGUGAGAAUCAUGAAGUCGCGGAGGGUGCUUGAUCAUAACAAUAUCGUAACUGAAGUGACAAAGCAGCUACAAUCUCGCUUCUUGCCAAAUCCUGUUGUUAUAAAGAAACGAAUUGAGUCUCUGAUAGAACGGGAAUUCUUGGAAAGAGAUAAAACAGAUAGGAAGCUGUAUCGAUACCUGGCUUGAUAAAGGAACUCUGCAACUGUGUUCCUUCAUAGGUCCCUGGGUCCCCUAGUGCUAGAAUUGUAUGUUAAAUGUGUUCUUAAAUCUUUUCUUUCCUGACUGACAUUUGAUUCAAUUUAUGUUUUUUGUACAUAUCUUAGGUCAGGCCUAAUUUUAUUCACAU